GUGAACCAGCUUUUUUCUGCAGUUGGCUAUUCCUCUACUCACUGUGUUACAGAUAUCUGUCCUGAAGGCAGAGCUAUCUUUCGAGCAAAAGAGACAUCAUUACCUCGCCGGUGUUUGAUGAAUGUACCAAGAGAAUGCGCAGAGGGUUUCAGUUGUCAGUCGAGAAUCAGAGGAGCUACACAGGGAUUCUGCUGCGUGUGUAAGGAUAACGCGAGAUUCCUCUUGGAUGAUGGGACAAAAAUGCCUAAGAUUUGCAGCCACGGAUUAUUUAGCAACUGCCCCCCAGGAUACAGUUGUCAGCUUCGUAUGCCACUUUUAUCCAGCGGAUUCUGCUGCAAAGUUAGCGGCAACGUAGUAACAGCUUCGCAACGCAUUGUAGAAGGUUGUCCUCCUGGCGAAUAUGCACUAACAAGAGAUGAUAAGAUCGUCGAUUGUGACCCAUUUAGCAGUAAAAGUAGCUGCCCACUCACGUUCUCGUGUCAGUAUGCCGUGGCCUUCCGGAGGUAUCAAUGCUGUGGUACCCAACCGCCAGAGGAACAGGAGAAGAUCCAACGAGAGAAUGGAUGUCCACCGUCGCAGGUCGCUUUCCUUGAAGGAAAUAGACCAUUGAUGUGCACAUCCACAGGAGAUAACUGUCCUUUUGGAUAUUUUUGCCAGUUUUCUGACAAAAAUAAACAUUUCCAGUGCUGCGGACAUAAAGCAGGUGAGGAAGGUUUGUCACUUUCAACCAAGAUGCUCAAUAAGAGCACAAUGGCGCGUUGUCCAAGAGAUUCUGUGGCUUUCUUGGAUCUGACUGGAAACGCCAUGACAUGCUCGAAAGGAGGAAAAACAUGCCCGGAUGGCUAUUCAUGUCAAAUGGUAGAACACGGAGGCUACGUGUGCUGCACAAGCGAUACAAUAAAUACAGAUUCGAUGAGAGAACGAGGAAAUCAAACGGUAUCUAUUUGAUU